AAUUAUCAACCUCAGGGAGGAAAUGCAGAAGUCUUUAUUUAGGCUUUCUACUGUACAUGCCCCGUUUCCAAGAACUUGUUCUGUUUCCACUGCCAAACCAAAAGGCAAUGUGUUACGAAAUAUACUUUUGAGGGUUUUUUUAUUCAUAAAUAAAUAAAUUAGUGCAUUUAACGUUAAUGAGGUGUAUAACUCAGGAUAUGUGAAGCUGCAAGUUCAGCCCUUAUUAUUAGAAAAAUACCACAGGGCUAAUUUUCCCAAUUUUAGAUGUCUUUUUUAGAUUGCCACCCCUGCAUUUCCUCUAACCUGUUCUUUGUAAUUUAAUAUUUGACAAAAACAAAACUAUUAACAACAAAAAAAAGCAAAGAUAAAAACCUUAAUUUCACCGGAAACAAGCAUUACGCUGUCUGGAACUUCUUUUUUUUUCCCUCUCUGAGUGGGUGAGUUUGUUUUUUCAGCAGGCCACAAACCCUAUGGUUGAGUAUGCUACACUAUAUUUCACUAGACUUCAGAGGGGGUGGAGGAAAUUUACUGACUGAAUGAAACAGUUGUGCGUGUGUGCGUGUGUUUCUGUGUAUGCAAAAUCUUGAACGUGCCAGUGUGUGUUUGUUUUGAGCUCGCUCUCCGGAACAAAUACACCUUCGCAUGUCGACAAGAUGGAGACGCCCGGAAGGAAGUGAUGCAAUCGCCGUAAUGGAGGCGACUUAUAUAGAGUGCUCCUCGGAGUUUCCUACAGCAAAUCCACACAUCGAGCUUUUACUGCCUCAACCACCAGCUUCCAUACGUGGCUCAGAACAGACUGGAAUCUCCUGUUUGCUGCUACAUACCAUCUACCAGGACCACUAACAGCACCUUUUCCAGAAGCUCUGACUCUAACAGACAGAAAGAAUGAAGGUUACCGUUAUAAUUGUGUGCCUGAUUGGAGCAGUCUUUGCCAAUCCAAUUUUACACAAUGUUUCUCUGGCGUCAAGUCAGCUUGACUCAAACUCAACUGAAAGUUUGUCUGUUUCACAAUCAUCUGAAAAUGAUACCUCAGAGCUUCAGAGUUCUGAGGAAAACACCUCAAAUCAAAGUUCAGAGUCAGAAUCAGAAUCAUUGGAAUCCACAUCAGAGGACAAGACUUCAGAGGAGAGUGACAGUCAGUCAGAUGAGGACGACGCGAAUGACUCUAUGCCUGAAACCCAAGACGACAGCAUGGGUAGCGAAGAGAAUGUUCGAAAGAGUUGGGCGCGAGUGUUUGCAAGCGUAGUCAAAGUCCUGAGCGCAGAGGACAACAGCAGCACAGAGGUCAGAGGUCAGCCGGAGUCCCUGAGCAACGAGCUGGUGGAGAAGCAGUCCAAGAGUCGCACGAACCUGGAGAACCCCACGGACAGCAGCGACACCUCCAGCAACAGCGCCGACACCAGCGACAGCGCUGACACCACGGCGGCCACCAGUGACAGCAGCGACAGCACCAGCGAAGAAAGCGACGAGAACACCAGCAACAGCAGUGAAGCCAGCAAGAGCGCAGAGGACAGCAACGCCAGUGACAGCUCAGAGCUGGCACAAAUCAAAGACUGUGUGAACGGCACGCAGAGCUGCGAAAGUGAAGAGUAUUUCUUCCAGAACAUUGGGGAUGACGGCCAUUUCUCAGUGGACAAUCUGAUGGUGCCGGAGGAGGAUGAGAGGCAGUUGAGCCUAAGAAGAUGAUGACAUGUGCAGCUUUAAGCUUCCCACUAUGAACUACAGCACUAUUACACGACCAGCCUGAAGAGUUCAGGAUGACACAUUUGCUUUUGCCCAUUGCUUCUGAACAUUCAUUUUGACAUUAUGUUACUUGUAGCUGAAUAUUUUUUUAAUGCGUGUGAAUAUUAUUAUGGUGAUAACUACAGCAUUUACUUUGUUUUGAUAAUAAACAAUAAAGAAAUUAUAUAACCACAAUAUUGGAGGCUCAAAUGUUUUUCUACGCAACAUAUCGUACUUGCACAGUGUCAAAACGCCAUGAAUGAUUUUGUAUUUUUGCUACUUAUUUCAAUAUGUUAUAUGAGGAAAUAUUGCCCUGUGUUUGAAGAUUUAAUAAACAAAACAUGCAGUCUCUAAUAUAUGAUUAGCUAUAAACAAGCAGGAGUUAAUAUGUAAAAGGGUCAUUCCAUAAUUGGAGGGCAUGUUACAUCCCACUCAUCAAAUUUCAAAUAAUCCAUGUACAAAAUAUUAAAACAUGCAGUUGUUAUGUAAAUGUACUUGUCCACAGAUCAAAUCUAAAAUAAAACUAGGCCGAAAAUGCCAUUUUUCUCUUGUUGCACCCCUCUGAUGACCAAAUUGUAUCUCAAAUAAAACAGUUAAAAUGAAUUUAA